UUUCUUACCACCAGUCUCAUUAUGACGUCCGUAAUACGUAUUCGCGUUUAGCAUCAGAUGCCUUUGAAGUUAAAUUUUAAGCGCACACAUAGAUAUAAUGUUGCAGCCAAAGACCUGCACGUUAUAAGAAUAUAUACACUUGACAACACAUGCGUUGAGUAUACUGUAUCUUCAAGUACUACUGGUCGAGAUGCUUUAGAAUAUGUUGCUCAGAAACUAGAUAUAGAAGAUAUUUACUUUUUUGGUUUCACUUAUGAGGACUGGACAGGGGAACAAAAGUGUUUGUUUCUUAAUAAGUCGAUUAAAAAGCAACUGGACAAAUAUGCCCGCCAACAUGCAUUGACUCUUACUGUCAUGCUUUUUAUUGAUAACCCACAGUUUGUGCCUGAUCCACAGAUAAGACGUUGGUUUUACCUUCAGCUCAGGAGGAACGUUGCAAUGGGUCUUCUUCCUGUUACGUUGAAAUUAGCAAUAAAACUUCAAGCAUAUAGUCUUCAAGCUGAGUUUGGGGAUUUUGUGGACGUUGAAACUACACUUUCAAACUGGAGAGAAAGAAACUUACACUCGGAAAGUUCUCUAGUUGGUGCCUUUGAUUUGUCAACAACGGAAUAUGUUGACGAUAUAGUUUGGGGUUAUUCUCAUCUACAAGGAGUUUCUCAAGACAAUGCAAUAUGGUAUUUUCUAGAUGAAAUUAGACAUAAUCCUCUUUAUGGUGUUCGGACAUUUACUGGUAUGACAUGUAGUAAUGAAGUUGCGGAACUUGGUGUUUCACGUAAUGGUAUUAAUAUUACUACAUUUGAGCCUCAAAGACAAACAAUCGCAAACUUAAAAUGGGAACAUAUUAAAGACCUUACGUAUGCUCGAAAGACAUUUACCAUUCAAUUGUUAAAAAGAGGAAAGUCCGUUCAUUUCAUAUUUGAGGAUUAUGAAAGCGCGCGUUAUUUAUGGCAGUUUUGCAUUCAGAUGCACAGUAGCUAUAUUGAUUAUUGGACACAUGUAAAAUCGGUCCCACCACAACCCGCGGUUCAUAUCUCGGAACCUCCAGAUAUACUAAGAGGUACAGAACUGCGCUGUACUUAUUCUGGUUCACCGGUAUUAAAUGAUUUUGCUGCAGAGUUAUCGACCUCUCAACAACCAAGUCAGCAAUGCACUAAGUAUGAUAUGGAACCAGUCAAUGAUGAAUCGCAAAGAACACAACCAAAUAAUGCUGAUCCACAACACAUAGGUGGAUUAAUUAAUCCAUGCAAAUCAAUGGAUCCGUUUAAAAAUGAGUCGAACACUACAGCCCUGACUAGUGAUAACAAGACUUUCAGGAUUAAUCCUUCUCCAAGAAGAUCUAGUGAAGCUACUUGCAUUGUUUCAUGUAAUUCAAACUUCAUCCAGAAUACUUUUGUUAAUAAAAUAACGACUACAAACGCAGAUUUUAAAGAACAAAAUGCAGAUAGUGAGUCCGGAACUCUUGUUGGUCACUGGAGUCUUAAAAGUGGUGCUGAAACGUUGGAUUCCCAACUCUUAAACAAAGGCUGUGUGACAUGUCUUCCUGGACGUGAAUGUUUAAAGCCAACUGGAUGGUUCCUUUCCAAAAGUGGAGGAGCAAACAUAACUUCUGCGGUAUCGAAAGAAUCGAAAACCACUUUCAAUGAUCCACCGUCUUCUAUAACUGGUGUUUCUUCAGCACCUCUUACCAAUAAAGAAACGCAGAAAAAUCAUGAAGAUUCCUCUUUUGUUCAAAAUAAACAACAUAACACAAGUGAAAUAACUGAAGAACAUAAAAUUACUAGAAGUCAUCGUUCACAUAAACAUCGUCAAACAAAACGUCAUCAUCAAGAACAAAUCAAACCAAACAUAGCUCUUACAAGUGAGAUGACAAACAGACAUGAGAAUACAAACUACUGUGAACCUCUAAGUCCACUUCACUUACCAGCAGUGAACGCUGUAUUAGGUAAAAAAGAGGUAUGUCCUGAACAGUCAUCUCCUUCAUCUCUAGCCUCCUCAGAUAGCUCUUCUGAACAUGUGUUAGUUUCCCCAAGAGCAUCAUUUUCCUCUUCCUCUUCAAGUUGUACCCCCAGUAUUAAGAAAAUUGAUCUUGUUCAUGCUGUACAACAUCAAUCAUGCAGUUCAUCAACUUCAAGUAGUUCAAGCAAUUCUAUCAUGCAAGCUGAUUUCGAAGCAAACGAAGCUAGAAAAACGUCAUUUGGUUUCGCAGCCUCUCUAUGUACUUCUGCUAACAACGUUACUUUUAAAAGUCCAUCAAAGUCAAAUAAACGUGGAUUAAGUUCAAGUUCAGGUCCUACAUUCCCAAGCGGUCGAAAAUUAUGGCAUGAAUUAAUUCAUUCAAAUAGUGGUGGAAUUCUACCAUUACUGAGCGGGUUAAGCCAACGACAUUACAGACCUCAGUCUCAAAUGAAACGAUUUCAAGCCUCAACUUCAAUAGCUCCGGAAGCCAAUGUUCAGAAGCCUGAUUUCGAAGCUGUAACUACUAGAUAUAUACAAAACCGUCAUAAUUCUAAAAGAACAGUUGAUGGAUUAUCAUCACAUAUCCAUAAAUCAAGUACACAGUUAAGUUCAUCAAAUAAUCCUCUUCAGGAGUUUCAACGUUGGUUUUCAUCUGCCAAACAUCGCAUUCCGUUUGGAUGGGCAAGCAAUUCUACUAGUCGAGGAACUGCGAUGAAUAUUUCAGCUCCUCUUCCUUAUCAAACAUCUGGAAAUUGCUAUGAAAAUCACGUUACUAGAUCUGAAAAGGAAAAGUGCUUAGGCGUUAUGUCUAACCGUGUAUCAUCCACAGCACAUCAAAAUAUUAAUAACCAGUCGACAUCAAAAACUGGACGUCUUGAACGAUCGGCUAGUGAAUCCUAUUCACGGUCUGUCAGUUCUAGCUUGAAUAACUCCAGGACUAUUGUUCUGGUGAAUUUGGAACAAUCUAGUAUGGAUGAUGCAAAUUCACAAAAACUAAAAUUUUCAACAAAGGAUUCAAACAGUACAUCUGCAAACGAGACUAAGAUAUUGACACCAACAAUUCAUUUACUACCACCCAGUCCUACAAGACCAUCAUUUAAGAUUAACAGCAAUAAACAAAUGAAUGUUGUUAAAGGUGAUUUACAUGAUAGUAAUGUUCCUUUAACAUUAUGUCCCAAUGUCGAUUCAAAUCCAGAAUCAAAUAACAAUCAGAAAAAACAUCCUGAAGGUAAUGAGAUGUAUAAUAAGUCUAACGUGAAUAAAGUUAAUUUGGUUUCUGAACCGAAAAGUAAUUUUCUGUCCAACUUACAACCGAGGAAUUUUACGAGGCCGUUAAAUCAAUCAACACAACAAGAACAGGGGAACUUCCGUACUUCUUCCUCUUCAUCCUGGCGGCUAUUUCCCUGUCCCCUUACACUAAACGAAGCUAAUCGUUUGGCUGUCACUCCACCACGAAAGUUUGUUAAUUCCGUAUCAGAUAAUUGUUGCUCAUCACCUACCGAACUACAUUCUAAUAGACCUAUGUAUAAUGUGUCAGGAUAUCAACACUCAAAUUUCAAUCACGGUCCACGCGUUAAUCUUGAUAUAUCUCCUACAAAAAUUACUGAAGCUACAUUUAGAGAAGAGAUGGAUGGAAAGCGACAAAUCAUAAAAAAUACCUUGAAUGAUAAUAUGUGCCAGAGACACUUUUCCAGGACACCAACUACACCAGUCAGUCGACCUAAUCUCUUAUGGAAGGAAGCAUCUGACCAAUCAUGCGAUCAUGGAAGUUCUCGAGAAAUACAUCACUCAUUACGUCAACAAGAUGAAUGUGAUAACGAUCGACAAACUAACGUGGAUGUGAAUGGAUCAGUAAGUAGCCCAACAAACGAUAAUAGGGAAGGAAGAUCAGUAAUUAAUACUUGGUCUUCUAAUAAUCAACUGAAAAGUAAAUCUGUGGUUGAUGAUGAAAACUGUGUACAUGAUACUAUGGAAAAUAGUCAAGAACUCGAAAAUAAACCGUCAAGCAACACGUUAUUAACAACAUCUAGCUCAUCAGAUCAGUGUAGUAUACCACGUCCAUCAUCUGGCACCAUGCAUCUACUUACAAACUCUGAUAUUCAUCAAUUAUUGAGUCUAACUAAUUUAAAGGAAACUGAACUUGCUCAUCGUUUGCUUGCUGAAUAUCGUCAAGCUUUACUUCAGCAACAGUGUUUACACACAAAUAGUGUUAGUACACCUAAUUUGAGUGCAAGUCAAGAGUUACAAGUGUUGUCUUCGUCAAUUGUAGCAGAAGAUAUGGAAGGUCAGGAAGAUCAGAUAAAUACUCCGGCUCCACAAAAAUCCAGAUACAAAACUUCUAAAAAACAGUUUGAUGGGUCCAGGCAAACUUCAAAAAAGAGUCACGAAACAAAUCAUAUUUCUUCUAAUUCAGUGCGCAAUCCAUCUGAAGUAUCGCAUAGCAACCAAACAGCCUCGAGACUAAAAGUUCGAUGUAAUCGUAAUAUUGACAUUCAGUCAAUCGAUUCACCUGAUUAUGUAAAUGCAGCCGCAUUUAGAAACGAUAGACGUCACACAAAUGAUAGACCGCUAAGUUUAGCAAGUUCGACAGAUAUUGACUCGAAUGCAACAUUUCGUGUACUGUCAAGUUUUGAAAUGCGUACAAGCAGUGGUGGUAACUAUUCCACUGGUAAUCUUAUACUUACAAAUUGUAGUAUAGGAAGUGAAGAAGCAACUAUGGGUUUAUCAGUAGAUCUAACAAAUCCUGAUAGCCAACCUGGUGAAGAAUCUAUAACAAGUCAUUCAUCUAAUAAAUCUUGGGAUCAAGAACAAAGGUUAAUAACAGAAGAAAAUCACCUUGAUGAUCAUAAAGAUAACAACUCCAAUACAGAAGUUUGUCCACUGGAGGAUUCAACUUGUACAGACGUAGAUAAAUUGAAUACUUGUGGUCAACCUCCUGAUUUAUGCAUGACACAAAAGGGAACUUUAUUUUCAAUUAAAGAAUGUUUAAAUAAACCACGUUUUAAAGUUCAGUGUAAUCAUCUUAACUCUAUAAGUUCACAAAGACGUCAUGUUAUCGGAGAGUAUGAAAAUCUCGAAGCGAUUUCUUAUGAAAAGAACAAUAAAAAUUAUUUACCAGAUCAACUGUGCAGAUCUACACAUGAACAUCAUGAUGGUAAUCACUGCAUAUCACAUGAUUCUCAACCACAAAGGACAUCGAGCAAAAAUGUGAUUUCAUCUUGUAAUACUCCUCCAGAAUCGUUAACGACAUUGACCCACUCAGGUGAAUCUACAUCUCCUUCACCAUCAACUUAUUCAGAAUCGUCUUCCACGCUAUCUUCAUCUUCACCUUAUUCAGAUUUAGGAUGUAUCGAUACAAUUCAAAGAGUUUCAUUACGAAAACAUUCAGUUGGCAAAACAUCCUUCAACGCAAGGAACGAGGUACAACAUUCUUCACCAUGGCGUCGAUUAUGCUACUUAGAAGGAGGAACAAAAUUUAAAAGAAACCACAGAAAAGAUGUGCAAUAUUACGACAUGUUUUCAACUGUUAUUACUCCUUGCGGUAAAAAACGCAUUAAAUAUUGCAAUUGUAGCUGUCAUAAAUCUGUUGAACACCUUAAAACCACCAAACCUAACUCAUCUCGAACAGAAACCAAGGAUUUAAGUCUGAUAGAUGUAUCAAAUCCUUCUGGAUAUAGACGUAUAAAACAGAAAGCUCACUCCUUUGAACCGUUUUCCAAAAUUAUUAAUGCUAAGCCAUCUGAACAUCAUUAUACUUCUGUUUGUUUUGGAGAUGCCAGUAAAGGUGUAGUUCCCAGUGAAAGUGCCUCAAGUAAUAUUCAAGAAUAUCAACGGAAGCAUAUCAAAUCAUUGAACCGCAAGUCACAUCAUAUUAUCGCGUCAAACAUACCAAUCAGCGUAAAUCGUAGUAAUUACCCAUCCUGUUGUUAUUGUGAACAAAUAGAUUACCAUUCACAUAAUGAUGUGAGCAAUUCUAUGAAUACAUCACCAACAGGUAGUCCUUGCCUAUCAUCCGCAUCCUCUUACUCAUUCUCUACUUCUUCCUUAGAUGUUCAACCAGUGUUCGAUUGUCCACAUCACUUUCAUAUACCCAGUUAUACAUCUGUUGUAAUAGGGCAUAAAAGUGGACGCAAUCAUCGAAGUGGUAGUUUAGAGCCCAGUAGCAUUAUUCAUCGAUCUAUACCUCGUAAACCAAAACCUAAAAACUUUACUAAGUCUUCGAGGAGGCGACUAUCUGUAAAAAAAGAAUAUCACAAUGGUAACAGUCAAAGUACAAACUCAGUCGGUUUAGAUUAUUCAGAAAAUUACAAACGUGAACAUUGCAGUUGUUGUGAAUUCCAUGAGUCCCCUACAAAACGGGAUUUGCUAGAACAAUAUAACCGAAAUAACAAUAAUAGUAGCAACACUAACAGUAUUAGUAAUAAUAAGACCAUCAAUAAUAAGUCAAUGAAUUUAUUUUUUCGUUUACCGUUUACAAACGGUUAUCAUGACAAUGAUUCAUCCAUUUAUUCAAGACAUUUGGAGCAUGAUUUAAAAAAUGAUGAGAAACCGCCUAUAAUUGUAAAACGAAAAUUUAAUGGAAUGAAUAAUGGUAAUAAUAUCAAUUGUCAGCAUACACACCGAGGCGAAUAUUACUUUACAAACGAGAAUUUAACCGAUACACCAUUUGUUCAAAAAGGUAUAAACAAUAAUGAUGAUACUGUUGCUACUACUACUACUACCAUUACUAAUAGUAAUAAUAACUGUAAUACCUAUUCGUAUAUUCAUCAAAACAGAUCUGUACAAAACUUCGAAAAUGAAGGCUCUUUGAAACCACCGAGGCCAAAAGAUUUGAAGAGUUUUUCACGAAAUCGAAAUUUCAGUCCUGUUGACCUCACAAAAUAUCGAUCAUCUUCCGGUAAAAAGAUUUCAUUUUUCAAAAAGAAAAUUCCAAGUGAGUCGCAGAUUAUGGCACAUGAUCAACUUCAGGAAAUGAAUAAGUCCACGGAAAAAGAAGCCAUUCAGUGUAGUUGGACAGAAAAAGGUAACUUACCUACACCCAAUGCAUCAAUCCAUACACCUCUUCCUUCACCUGAUUUACUUUGUAGACCUAAUGAGAAACACAAUGGUUAUGCUGUAGGAAGUUUUCGACCAUCCAAAGUAUCAGAUUACCGUCGUGAAAAUUCGAUGAAGUUAGAUGACUCUGCAUUUUCGAACAAAUUACGUUAUCACGAGUGUUACCAAGAACAUGAAAGCCAUAAAAAAGUCGGACCUAAGUUUAGUCCAGUAAGUGGACGCUGUCAAUUAGAAGAACAUCGAGAAGCGUGCCAGAACACUUUUGUCAAGCCACACAGAGAAUCCAUAAAGCCUUUAGCUAAAACAAUAAAACAGAAAUUGUCUCCAACGAACGACCUAUCGCCAAUACCUGGAUUAGUUUACACAGGAUCGGUAGUGUUUAGUCCAACACAACAGUCAGACCUCAACACUAUCAACAGUAAUCACUCGUCAGUCGUUCAUGAAAAAUCAAAAGCUUAUGAGCGUCAAUCAGAACCAAGGAAUAUUCCAAUUAUACGCAAUGGUUCAAUGGAACCAGAUGAUUCAAAUAAAAAGAAUACUACACUUAGAAAAGAAAAUAUAUCUACAAUACCAUUGAUAGGGACAGAUCAUAGUUGCAUUUAAAAUGACAUUAAGUUGGAAGAAUACAGUCAUCUACCGUUACAUGAUUUCUAAGUAAGGAGUGAAUGUAUAUUUUACCUUGAAAAUUUUGGUUUUAACUUGAUAAACAUGUGCUAUUUUCAGCUCUUGCGAUGUUACUAUCACGAUUAUCAAUACAAGAAUCAAUUUUUUUUCUGUGCGACAGCAUCUCUAAGUAAUCGUUAUGUUUUCAGAGAACAACCACCUAAUCAUCUUUUCACCAUGAACAACAUAAGGAAAUAGGAAUUUCAUUGUCAUUGGUUACGGAAUUCAAUUCAGUAGUAUCAGGGAAACUUCUCACCCAUUCCAUAAUAACACUUUGAUAUUCGUUAUACUAUUUAGUUCUGACUAUCAGUUUGCAAACAGCUGAUGACAGUCCUUGAGAUGAAAUGGAUGUACGUUGUUCUGUCUUGUUCUUCGUGCUGAUCAGAUGAUUGAAAAACGUGACCCAAUAUAAAUGAUAAAACAUAUGAUAUUUAAUAAUGUAUUAUGAAACAAAUUUUUUGUCCGAACAUUAUAAGUAGUAAUAAUAAGGAAAUCGUAUUUGCGACUAAAAUUAAGGAUAACUCCAACGUUUUUCUCGACAGUGUGGUCGAAUUAUUUAGUUUAAAAUGUGACAUUGUGAUAUGCUAGAAAAUGUAUAUAGAAGUGUCCAAAUAUGGCGUGAAAAAACCAUUGGUCAAAUAUAUCACCUUGAUUUAUGGUCGGAAUAAAAUUGGCUAGUCUAAUUGAUAGUCACAAAUGAAACUUUUCGGAGAGUAAUUGGAAUGAAAAUUAAUAAGUAAAUGUAUGUUCAUAUCCCAAUAUUAAAUAGACUGGUUUUUUAAUAUAUAUCUAGGUGAUUAAAACGAAUGCGCGUGCACCUCUGUUUUCCACAUAACAUGAAAUCAAACAGAAGUAGUAGAUUAAAUCUACAUUCACUUAUUAAUCAUUAGUUGCUAUGAUGCAGCUGAAUGUACUUCAUUUCAUCUAUUUGGGUUGUUCGGGUUUACUCAUAUACAUAUAUAUAUGUGCACUUCGAAUCUACCAGGGAGCACCAGUUCCCUCAAGAUUACAGUUACACUUUGUCAGCGAGUGCCAAAUAACAAAAUACUGAGAUCUAGGGCUUCCUAUAGAUUACUUCUGACCACUUAACAUCUCCCGGGAAGAAUUUUUCAGUCAACUAUUUAUCUCAUUUUUUAAAUGUAAUAAUAACACUGUUCUGUUUUCAAGUUCCUUGGGAAAUAUGCUUCAAGUAUAGUUCGUGUCCCUACACCUUAUGUUCGGUCGUUGCAAUAUCUCACUUACAUAUACGAGAUUGCAGUUAGUAUUUUUGAUCUCAUAGGCAUUUCCGCUAUCCUUCCACUGACUGUAUCUUAAACUUUUAUUAACAUAGUUUUUAUGAAUUCCCUAAUCUCUUCUGAAUAUCAUUUGAGGUAUGGAUUAUCAUAAAUUUAACAAAUUCUUUCGGUUGAUCCUUCUUUUUUGCUCGAACUUCCUUCUUACUUAUUGCUUUCACAGUCGUUAGGAUAGUUAUCUAUCGUCAAUGUAAGUACAACUAAAUUCAACCCAGUUUACCUGUUUCUCAGUUCUGUGACAAGUUGAUGAGCUCUUUUUAUCAGAUUCCUAAUGACUGUCAGUUUUACUGAUAAAUCAUUUUCUGAUCUGUAAUCUGGAUAUUUCUGAGAAUGCUAUGAAUUUCGAAAUAUACUCAACUUAUAAACAAUUAUUAUAUUUUAUUUCAACUAAACAGUAAAGAAAUAGUAAUUUGGUGUCUUUGAUGAACUUGGUACUAUCUGAUAUACAGUUGAUAUGUUCUGUUGCCUCCAGUGAAUGCAUAAAAGUUUGCAACGAUUGGAGGUACUGUGGGUCUCAUCGCUGCACCUUCUCUUUGUCUAUAGAGAUCUCGAAGUCUGAAUAAAGUUUAAUAAAGGCUUUAAGACGGUGUAUGAUUUUAUAAAUAUAUAUAUCCUAUGUAACGCUUUCCUAACAAAGACAUUAGUAAGUAAGGAAUAAAUACUAGAAUUUACUAUUAAUCCAUAUCCUUCUAUAUACAUAGAAGGUAACUUUCAAAAGUAAGAAUUAUCUAUUUACAUGAUAUUAUUUUUUCCGUUUUAUUGUGAAAGAGAUAUUUGUUUUACAUUCACAUGAAACAGCUUAGAUAAUAGUGACUGAUCUUUGUAAAAUAUGACAUUAUCUAUAGUUGCAUUCUGUAGCUCAGGCAAGAAGACUCCUGGUCAACGAUUCAGUAUCUACUUUUUGAGACCAUGUGAACAUUUAUGACAACCAAGGUAAUUUUAGAAAACAUAGAGGACUGGGGGGACUGUCAGUCCUGUGCUUCAUUAUUAUCAAAUGAAUAUGAAUAAUGCAACAGAUGUGAUUGGAAGUUAAUUUGCAUACUACCAGUGGUACAAAAAAGUACACGUGGGUUAGGUUUUACGUUACAUAUAGAGCCAAAUACUCAUUUGUCCUUUGAUUAGUAUCUCAUCAUGAAAUAGAUUUCGUUCACAGCAAAGUGUAUGCAGUUUGAAACUUCAUCUAAUUUUUACAUCUAAGUGAAGAGAAACUUAUGGUUUUUUAGGAAAAUGUUUUGUAUAUAAGUUGCUUUUGUUAUUUUUCUUGAACAGAUAACAUCAACAGAAUGAAACUAAUUAAUCUAUCCCCCGUCAUACAGUGCAAAUGAAGCAGCUUUUAAUUCUGGUGAAAUCAAUUCAAAAUUCCUGUCCUUGUACACAGUUUACGUUGAACACAUGAGAAAUUCCAAGUUACAUAUCUGUAAUUUUUAAGUUAUAUUUCUAAGUAUGCAUCUAUUCAUGAAGUGCAGAAUGAAUGAACUCAAGUAUUUACUACAAUAUAAUGUUUCAUGAAUUCAUUUUGUUAUACUGUAAAAAGAACUCACAAAACUAACUCAAUCGAUUUCUUUAGUAGUUAAUUUUAAAUGUAACCAGUUAAGUGUUGAUAUCUAAUUAUAUGAUUAUUUAUGCUAUUAAA